UUGCUUUACUGCUAAUCAGCUGAUGGCUGGAGACCUAACCGUACUGAUCGUACGUGAAGUCGAAAAAUUCAUAGACUUACUUUCUAUAAGCUUAUAGAAAAAUUAUGCGAAUAUAUCGCACAAAUAACGAAUUCUAGAAUCUCUGAUAUUUUUUAGAAUAAAGAUAGCAUGUCUUGGAUCGUGAAUUCUGUGCGAGCCGCUAUAAACACAUGGACGCCACAAGUGAUCCCGGUGCGAUUUCGUUAUCAUGCGGACAAGAAACCGUUCGUAAGGGGAUACGGAUACGACGAUCCAAUAGAUAUGCAGGGGCUCCUACCGCGUAAGAGCAAUAAGCGAAUAUUGCAAAUGCCGAUCUAUCGGCCAAAAGAUGUCUGGUGCGAGAAGAAGGCCCUGUUCGGUCAGAACGACUACAUCGACAUACUGGGCUCCGAUAAAGUCCAUCCGACGACAGUCCUCUACGACGUGCCCAUAUGGUUGCGCGGUGUGCGAGGCAACGAGUUUCAAGUUCUGCUGAGAAAGCAAAAGAUGUGGCGGAAAGGGAUAUAUCCAAUCGCAAGGCCAACAAAAUGGAAGGAACUGCAGAAGAGAAUACGUUAUUUAUACAAAUUCCUAAAUCGAAAGACGAAACAAUAAUUAGUUGGACCGCGAUACAACCGUGUAAUUAAGUUUCCAUUUGAAAUAUAUAUAGUCGCUGUA